ACUCUGAAGCAGUGAGGGGAGAAGAGGAGAGACGAGAGGCGAGGAAAAGGAGAGGAGGCAGCAGCCCACUGUUCCCCUGGGCCCUUGCCUCACUGCUGCUCCAGUGGCUUGAUAAUUACCUCACAAGCCAAGAGAUCCAGUUGUCCAGAUCGCUGGUGAAGAGAACCGAGGGCAGGUUACACUCACCAUGGCUGGCAGGGCCGUGUGCCAGGUGGCCUUGGCUCUGUCUCUGAUGCUCAGCCUGGCAGCCGGAGCUUGGAUCGGCUGCCCCGGGGCCUGUCGAUGUUCCUUCGCCAUGCUUCAGUGCUUGGAACAGGACGGCAUCAACAGCAUCCCGGUGCUGGCACAGCAGGAGAGCGAGAACGUCACGGAAAUCUACAUCGAGAACCAGCCGAACCUGGAGCAAAUCACAGACGUGGACUUCAUUAACUACAGAGAGCUGAAGAACCUCACAGUUACAGACUGCGGCUUGCUCUUCAUCUCCAAUAAAGCCUUCCAAUACAACGCCAAGCUGCAAUAUGUGAACCUGGCCGCAAACUCACUCAUGCACAUCGGCUGGAAGGUCUUCCACUCGCUUCCUCUGCUGAAUCUGGUUCUGAGGGAUAACCCUCUCACUUGCUCAUGUGGCCUGUACUGGCUACAGCAGUGGCAAAAGAUGAAGCGAGCCGACAUCGACAGCCAACAGAGCUGCUUGUACAAUGGCAGCAGCGUUCUGCUCGACAGCUAUGUGAUGGAGAACUGCAGUGUUCCCAAGGUGUCCAUCACCGCUCCAGUUCUCACCAUUAAGGAGGGUGGAAAUCUGACAUUUGAGUGCCAGGUCACUGGUGUUCCAAUGCCUAGAGUUAGAUGGAGGACGGAGCACCUUCAUUCCAGUUUUAUUCUGCAGCGUGGGAUUUGGGGCUCCACUUUGGAGCUGGUUCUUCACCUGUUAAAUGUGUCGUAUGUGGACAACCUGCACAAUCUCACCUGUGAGGCAGAGAAUGAAGCGGGCCCCGGAGAGGCGAUGGUACAGCUCAACAUCGAGUUCCCGGUGAGGAUCCUGUUCUUGAAGGAGCCGGAGCAGCAGCAUCACUGGUGCUUCCCCUUCGCCGUAGACGGAAAUCCAGCGCCGAGCAUCAGGUGGCUGUACAACAACACGCCGCUGGUGGAGACCAUGUACACCUACACGCAGCUCAUCCCGGACUCGGACGACGGCUCCGUCCAACAUGGCUGCCUCUUCCUCAACAAGCCCACUCACCUCAACAAUGGCUACUACACACUCAUCGUGGAAAACACGCUGGGCCGAGACGAGGCAACGGCCAGCGGCAAGUUCAUGGACAACCCGUUUGACCCCUUCGACCCUGAAGGCAUUAUCCCUGUGCUAACCAGUGACCCAACAGUGCCUACUAACCAGUCGACCGAGGACGUGACAGAGAAGCUGGAAAGCCGGCUGCUCGGGGUGUCUGUCGCUGUGGGUCUGGCUGUAUUCGCUUGCACCUUCCUGCUCAUCAUGGUGCUGGUGAUCAAUAAGUGCGGGCAGCACUCCAAGUUUGGCAUCCAUCGGUCGUCUGUUCUAGGGAAGGAAGACGACUUGGCUGUCUCGCUUCGCUUUAUGAACUUUGGUGCGAGUCCUCCGUCCUCGGAUGAAGGCAUGCUGGACUCCGGGCUCUCCAGCUUUGUGGAGAACCCACAGUACUUCUGCGGCAUCAUCAAAGACAAGGACAUGUGUGUGCAGCACAUUAAGAGGCAGGACAUCAUGCUGAAGUGGGAGUUGGGAGAAGGAGCUUUCGGGAAGGUUUAUUUAGCCGAGUGUGCUAACCUCUGCCCGGACACUGAUAAGAUGCUGGUGGCCAUAAAGACUCUGAAGGACGCCAACGAGUCGACUCGACAGGACUUCCAGCGCGAGGCCGAGCUCCUGACUGUGCUCCAGCAUGAGCACAUCGUCCGCUUCUACGGGGUGUGCACGGACGGAGAACCUCUCGCCAUGGUGUUUGAGUACAUGCGGCACGGCGAUCUCAACCGCUUCCUCAGGGCUCAUGGUCCAGAUGCUCGGAUCUUGGACGAGGUAAAGAUGCCCCCGAUGGGUCAGCUGACCCUGUUGCAGAUGCUCCAGAUAGCAGCCCAGAUUGCCUCUGGUAUGGUAUACCUGGCCUCACUCCACUUCGUGCACAGAGACCUGGCCACCAGAAACUGCCUGGUCGGUGAAGGUCUCGUGGUGAAGAUUGGUGACUUUGGCAUGUCCAGAGACAUCUACAGCACUGAUUACUACAGGGUCGGUGGAAGAACCAUGUUACCUAUUCGUUGGAUGCCUCCUGAGAGCAUCAUGUACAGAAAGUUCACCACAGAGAGUGACAUCUGGAGCUUCGGGGUGGUUCUAUGGGAGAUCUUCACCUACGGAAAACAGCCGUGGUAUCAGCUGUCCAACAGCGAGGCGAUCGAGUGCAUCACGCAGGGCCGGGAGCUGGAGCGGCCGCGGACGUGUCCUAAAGAGGUCCACCAACUCAUGCAGGGGUGCUGGCAGAGAGAACCGCAACAACGUCUCGUCAUCAAGGAAGUCUACAACCGGCUCGUGGCCCUGGUCAAGAACCCUCCGGUCUACCUGGACAUCCUGGAGUGAAACAGAUCUGCAAAGGGACGGCUGGAGGUUUGGGUCAAAGAGACAAAUUUGUGGAGAGAAAAAGAGACAAAGGGACUGAAGAAGAUCCAAGAGUCCCUCGUUCUGUGUUCGGUCAAACUGAGCGUCCAUCAGGACCAUUGAGGAGGACAAAGUUGGCCAGAACAUUUCAUAACUCCAUAAUAACUCCUUGAGUCUUAAGAAAUCAGGAAACUGAAUUGAGUCAAAUCAACCCUUUUGUUCAAGCUAGCGGGAGAAUGUUCGUAUUUUGUUUUAAAGUCAAAGGCAGGAACAUAAUCACCCCUUUAUGUGAUCUUUGUGUCUCUUUUCCUCCUAUAAGUCACGUUGCGGUGUUUUACAAGCUCGCAGUGUCGUGCCAAGUGGAUUGCAUCAGAAAGUUCACACGUCCCUUGUAUUGCAGUUGUGAAUAUUCACUGUAUUAUAUAGAAACAUGUUAUGAGUGCACUAAAAUCGCAUGUAUUGGACUUUCCUUAUUCUUAAACAGCACCUUUUACACAAAUCCCUGUAUGUCUUUCUAACCACACGUCCCUUUUAGUUCAUUUGCACACACAGGUACACAGUUACACAUACAGUUACACACCGCUACACACACGGGUACACAGGUACACAUACAGUUACACAGGUACACAUACAGUUACACACACAGGUACACAGUUACACACCGCUACACACACAGGUACACAGGUACAUACAGUUACACACACAGGUUCACAAGUACAGAGGUAUAAACACAGGUACAGCACAAGUACACACACAGGAAAACAGGUACACACAGUUACACAGGUACAGCAGUACACAGACAGGUACACACAUACAUACAGGUACACAGGAAGGGACAGAGGUACACAGAUACACAUACACACAAGUAAACAGGUAUACAGUUACACACAGUUACACAGGUACACCAGUACACAGACAGGUACACACAGGUAAACAGGUAUAUCGGUACACACAAAGGUAUACAGAUAUACUCAUGGGUACACAGGCACACAACAAAUACACAGAGACACACACAUACACACAUAGAUACACAGACAUACAGGUACACACAGGUACACACAUAGGCACACAGGCACACACACAGGCACACACAUAACUGUGUCGAUGAUGUAAUAAGUUGAUAUGUCUGUGCUACAGGUUUGUAUGUUUACUUUUUCUCUGCAUUUAUUUUAUAUCAUAAGCUAAUUUUCUUCAUUAAUGGUUAAUCAAUUACAUUUAAACACUCUGUAUAUAAAAUGUUAACUGUUUCACAAUGCUAAUUUGGCGGAAAUGUACAUUAAACUGUCAAACAGACUUUAAUUAGGAUGUAAAUAGCACUGCUGGUCUUAUACGGAGAAUUUAUAUGUGUAGAAUUGUGAUUCAGACACAUCACACAUGCUAACUGGGCGCAGACCUUCAUUCAUUCUGCAGCAUCGUGAGCCCUUUUUAGCCGUGUUAAAUGCAGCCUGCGGUGUUUCUGUCGGUUGAAAAAAGGGAAAUUGCUCACGAAUCAGCAGAGUGUCAGUUUCAGUGUCAGCGAGAUCCGCCGUUUGUAAUUAUUACACAAAUAAAAAUUACAGUUUGAAUAAA